CACAAACUAGUGAUCGUGUGGGGGCCACACACGUUUUUGAAUGUAAUUGGACGAGCGUGAAAGAGGUGCCCUAUUAAAAAGCACAACAGUCCUUUAAGAGGAGCAAAAUUGAGUUUCCCCAUUUUUGCCAAGAUUUUGAAGACUGUUCAAUGUAUUGUACAUUUGAUAUAAGAUGAUAACUUUAUAAAAUAUUCUGCCCGAGAGCGUAAACGAUGACUACCCCGGCCCUGCUCCCUUUAUCUGGACGAAGGAUACCACCUCUGAACCUGGGGCCGCCUUCCUUUCCGCAUCACAGGGCUACCUUGAGACUUUCUGAGAAGUUUAUCCUCCUCCUUAUUCUAAGUGCCUUCAUCACCCUGUGUUUUGGGGCAUUCUUCUUCCUUCCAGACUCUUCAAAACACAAACGCUUUGAUCUGGGUUUGGAAGAUGUGUUAAUUCCCCAUGUAGAUGCCAGCAAAGGGGCCAAAAACCCUGGAGUCUUCCUGAUCCAUGGACCUGAUGAACAUAGACACAGGGAAGAAGAAGAACGUUUGAGAAAUAAAAUUCGAGCUGAUCACGAGAAGGCCCUGGAAGAAGCAAAAGAAAAAUUAAAAAAGUCGAGAGAGGAAAUCCGAGCAGAAAUUCAGACAGAGAAAAAUAAGGUAGUCCAAGAAAUGAAGACAAAAGAGAAGAAGCCACUGCCACCAGUCCCUAUACCAAAUCUAAUAGGAAUAGAUGGUGGAGACCCAGAAGAUAAUGACAUAAGAAAGAAAAGGGAAAAAAUUAAAGAGAUGAUGAAACAUGCCUGGGAUAAUUAUCGGAUAUAUGGAUGGGGGCAUAAUGAACUCAGACCCAUUGCAAGGAAAGGACACUCCACUAAUAUCUUUGGAAGUUCACAAAUGGGUGCUACCAUAGUAGAUGCUUUGGAUACCCUUUAUAUCAUGGGACUUCAUGAUGAAUUCCGAGAUGGGCAAAAAUGGAUUGAACACAACCUUGAUUUCAGUGUGAAUUCAGAGGUGUCUGUGUUUGAAGUCAACAUUCGAUUUAUUGGAGGCCUGCUUGCAGCGUAUUACCUUUCAGGAGAAGAGAUAUUCAAGAUUAAAGCAGUUCAGCUGGCUGAGAAACUCCUUCCUGCCUUUAACACACCCACUGGGAUUCCUUGGGCAAUGGUGAAUCUGAAAAGUGGAGUAGGGCGGAACUGGGGCUGGGCAUCUGCAGGUAGCAGCAUUCUUGCCGAAUUUGGUACACUGCACAUGGAGUUUGUCCACCUCAGCUACCUGACAGGGGACUCCGUCUACUACAAAAAGGUCAUGCAUAUUCGGAAACUACUUCAGAAAAUGGAUCGUCCAAAUGGUCUUUAUCCAAAUUAUUUGAACCCAAGAACAGGUCGCUGGGGUCAGUAUCAUACAUCAGUUGGCGGGCUGGGAGACAGUUUUUAUGAAUACUUACUGAAAGCAUGGUUGAUGUCAGAUAAAACAGACCAUGAGGCAAGGAAAAUGUAUGAUGAUGCUAUUGAGGCUAUAGAGAAACAUCUUAUUAAGAAGUCCCGAGGAGGUCUCACCUUUAUUGGAGAGUGGAAAAAUGGGCACUUAGAAAAGAAGAUGGGGCAUUUGGCCUGUUUUGCUGGGGGAAUGUUUGCACUAGGAGCAGAUGGUUCCAGAAUGGAUAAAGCUGGUCAUUAUUUAGAGCUAGGGGCAGAAAUUGCACGUACAUGUCAUGAGUCAUAUGACAGAACUGCAUUAAAGCUGGGUCCUGAGUCGUUCAAGUUUGAUGGUGCGGUAGAGGCUGUGGCCGUCCGGCAGGCUGAAAAGUAUUACAUCCUCCGUCCAGAAGUAAUCGAAACCUAUUGGUACCUAUGGCGAUUCACUCACGAUCCAAGAUACAGGCAGUGGGGCUGGGAAGCAGCACUGGCUAUUGAGAAGUAUUGCCGAGUGAGCGGCGGGUUUUCCGGGGUGAAGGACGUGUACUCAUCUACUCCUACCCACGAUGACGUGCAGCAGAGUUUCUUUCUCGCUGAGACGUUGAACAGAGGGAGCUACAACCCAAAUUGUAUUUAUGUGGCAGUAACACAUAAUAAGAUAUUUGUAUCUGCUGUUCUCCAGUGACGACCUUUUACCUUUAGACCACUGGGUAUUCAAUACAGAGGCUCAUCCUCUGCCCGUGUUACAUUUAGCCAACACCACACUUUCAGGAAAUCCUGCUGUUCGAUGAAAAGCAGCUCCAGAAAGACCAUUCUCCCCUGUGUUUUGUUUACAUGGACCACUACAGAAAUCAGUCUGGAGGGGGGGCUUUGGGAAACCUGGACCUCAUAAGUCAACAUGGCAGGGUGAAACAUGACUGUGCCCCACAAGACUUUUCAACUUGUAGAUAUCUCAACUUUGAAAUGAUUCCAUUUUAUACCUGACCAAAACAUAUUCUGGUAUGUGUAGGACAGCGACCUGACACGCUUUGUUUCGUAAGGAGAUGGUCACAUGGGAAAUCAUGCCUGUUACUACUGUACUGUUUUUAGAGUCCUGGCAUCCAGAGACCAGACUGCCUGAGAAUAAGCCAAGAAUGCGGAGCACCUUGUGGAAGUGAGGGAUGGCCUUUGGAACUGAUUAUACAUUUGUUCCUUCCAAAGUGGAGCAGCUUUCAAAUCAGAUAUUUACUCAUCGUUUAUCCCUUUUUUCUCCAUUUUUAAUGGAAGGAACUAAAACAAAAGAGCAGUGGAACCGCAUCAAGAGCAAGAAGUCUGGCAAAAGACAACAAAAGUACCUGUUCCUGUCUCAGUUUUCAGGUUCCCCGUUGGACGAUCAGACUGGCAACCAUUUCAACUCUCAGUCUAUUCCAUCGAAAUCUCUUGGUUCAAUUUGAUUUUCUCUGGGGGCAUGAUCUCACAAGGAAUACUCUUCAAGUCUUCGUCUCCAUACAGAAUCAUUGAAACUGUUGUUUAUCGAAACCACUCACGAGCCUGGGUUUGGGAUUUCGUGCAUGUUGAUCAGUCUAGUGUUGGUAGCAUGACGACAAGUGGGGGAAAUGCUGCAGUUUGUUGCCUUGAAACCCGUUUUGAGAGAAAGCCUUGGUUUUGUUGGUAGAUUUUUUUUCCCCGAACCAGCAAAUCUACCAAGUGAAUUUUAUCCACUUUAACCUUACAAAUUUAGUAAAAUCCCUCAACUUACAACUCUCUGUGGCUUGGCACAUUUCGCUAUACUAUUAUGCAGCUCCAAAUUUACCUUGAUGAGCCAAAUUACUUUUACAACCUUACGAAAUCAAAAACAAAAUACAGUGAAACUUGCUCAUACAUUCUAUCUGAAAUGGGAACAGGGGGAUCCUGUAUUAUCUCGUCAGAUGAGCGAACUUUUCACAAAUAUUUUAUGUCAAAAAUAAAAUUCAGCUUUUAUUUUCUCCAAGGAUAUUUAUAGAAAUCCAAAGAAUUAAUCAGAACCACUUCGAAGUAAUUUUUAGUGAUAAAAGUGUGGUAUAAUUAAUCAUAUUAACUAAAUUUGGGAUAUAUCUAAGGGAGUUUCCCUUACCAUAAAUAGAUUUUGCAGUGAUAUUUAUUUUUAAAGAAAUUGCUAUUUCUUCAUAUUUGGGGGGAGGAACUGAAAUUUUAUCAAGAACUGUAUUGUAAGAUAAAUAUGAUUGUAAGUUUUCUGUCCCUUGAAUUUGUGUCACAGUGCAAGACACUUUUUCUUCUUUACGUUUAAUACAAACAGCUUCCAUUGACAAUAAAAGUUGGGAGCAUUAUAAUCAGUCUAGUAUUUACUCUGAACUUGAGGAUUUCAUGAAACAGUGUUUGUGCAAGAAGCCCACCUUGGAAUUCUGAAGGCUUAUUUUCUUAUUUUGAUAGCUUUUCUUUUUCAUCUCUUAUUAGCACGUAGCAGAUUUUAAUUGGAGAAAAGAUUCAAUAAAUUAACAUAAUUAAGUAUUUUCUAAGGGUGAUCAUCUUACGCCACAAAUAGUCCUCACAGUUCAGCAGUCGAUCCAUAAAUGAUAACCAAACCCAAGAUUUUUCAGGAUACAUAGGAAAUAAGGAUGUGGAGCCAGUUGCAUUAUUUAAGUUUUUAAGAGAGUUAAAUUUUAGCACACAUUUUGAAAUUAUAGUAUCUUUUACUACUUGAAAAGUUAAAAUUUUGAAAUGAGAAGGGGAGAUGACUAACCUGAGAAAGGGAGAAUAUUUGGUUCUCAAAAAAACGUUAGCCUUCCUCCUAAAAGUAGCAUAAGCCCACUUAGGAGUCACUCAAAAACGUGAACCCCUUGAGGUGGCGAAGACCCAGAGCCGCUGAGUAGACGGCAGCGAGUCUGCCGGUACCCUGUUCAGAAGAGGGCAGAGUAAGGGGCCUUCUUGGUCUCCCAGGAGCUUCUCAAGAAAAGAGAAGACAGAGCCUCCGCCCCCUCGGCUGACCGGGGCUUAAGAGAAGGCAGAGAGGUGCGUGAGUAUGGCCCUUUCUGUGCAAGCGAAGAAUCCGGAGAGGGGCAGGGGAAGCUUCGGUCGUCUUCACUGCCUGCUCCCUCCCUGUGAUGGUAAGACUAGAGCUGACCCCAACGCUUCCAUUGUUUUCUUCUCUGGAUACCAAAGGCAAUUAAAGUCAGCUACAAAGGA